UUCAAAAUUUCCAGGCUAGUAUUAAUUAUUCAGCGGCGGCGCCUUAUGUUACGUCCGCGUGUUAUUUUUCGGAUGGUAUAAUGUCUCGGACUGCAUUUCAGGUAUGCAUCAGGUUGUUUGGUAACGAGUGCAUCUCUUAUUCUGGAUUAGGAUCACCGACCGUCUCGAUUACCCGGUGUAUCUUUAUUACCCAACCGUUUAUACGUUAAUUACUCGUCAAACGGAUAAACACGCAUCAGGUAUACCUAUAUAUAUAUAUAUAUAUAUAUAUACCUGAGCGAAAAUAGAACGAGCGCAAAUACCCCUGGCAGUAUGUGUGCGUAAAGAAGAAAGAAUAAUCCUAGAAAAUCAAAGUCGGAAAUUUCACAACACAGACUCGCGCAUUGGCAAACGCGCAACUCUCCAUUAGCGGAAUUUUCGUUCGAAGCGCGCAAUUACUCGCCGCCGCGUAUAUGUACAAAAGUAUGAGGUAUACCUAGCUUCGCGCCUACGUGUAUACAACGACGCGUUGACCGGCACGUGCAGGAGUGCGUGUGUAGAGACGUUUGGAGCCGAUUUCAUCAAAUGCCGCCGACGGAGUGAAAGUCGGUUUUGACCGGAGGAUCAGAAUAAUUUAUAGUCGAGAGGACCACUUCAAGGACUGCCGCAUGGGCGGGCCGAACUUCGACGCCUGCAUCCGCGAGGCGUUGAACGCCAUCCGUCCCUACUUCAAGACUGGCCUGCCGAAAUACAACGUGGCUCCGUUCGAUCCGUUCUUCGCCAAAGAAAUAAGCGCCAGACGGGGCCUGCCGAAUCUCGGCUUCAGCAUCACCUUGAGAAACGUCACCGAGAGCGGCUGGUCCGCCAGUAAGGUCACCAAAUUCGUCAGCGAUUUGAAGAACCACAAGGUGGUCUACACCCAGAGCUUCCCAGAAAAAUUCCUCUCCGGGGACUACGAGUUCGACGGGGCCAUGCUCGGCUCCAAGAUGAAGAACAAAGGAAAAUUCACCUUGGGACUGUACGAUCUCGUCCAGACGACGACGAUCACGAAAGAGCCGGGCAAGAAGAUAAAGGUCAGCGUAAACGUGGAGACGAUCCGUGACCUCAAGCUUCACAUCUCGAACCUACUCUACGGACGCGAGGUCCUCGAGGGUAUCCUCGACAGGAUCAUCAACGGAGCUUGGCAACCCGGUUUCGUGUUCACCAGGCCACUCAUCAACGAGCUCGUCUCCACCGGCUUCACCGAGAUCUUCGGCAAAGCCUUCCAGAACUUUCCCUUCGAAAGGAUCAUCAGGACCAAGUCCAACAACGCGCUCUAAUGAUCGUUUGCGGGAAGGAAAAUUUUGUAAAAGUGUCCGGUUUCGCCUGACGAGAGCAGAGUCGAGUCUGUUGACGCGUGUAAUUGGCUGUUAAGGGCAUUCGAGAACCGGAAAAAUACCAAAUUAGAUGCGGUUUUAGUUUAUCGCCGUCCGUUUCAAAAGGAAGUCGUUAUUGGAUGGGAGAUGACUAAGGAUUUUUGUUUACAAAUUUUUCCUGUUGAGAUUGUAUUACGUUAUUAGUUAAGUAUUUCGUAUUAAUUUAGAGUCGUAAGAUGUAACUAACAUCGUGUUGUCAUAAUUAAUUCAUUCGCCAUAAUUAAUUUAGUGUAUCUAUGUCUUUCGCUUCUUUUUUUUGUAAAAUAAUCAUUUUUUAUUUUUGUAAUAUUCUACAUUCAGUUGUUUGUACAUAUCAUAACGUGUUUAUAUACGAUAAUAAAUAAAGAAAAUCAUGUAAAUGCUGAAAGUUUGAAAUUGUAUAAAAAUUCUUCUUUAAUGUA